UUAGUUGAAAGCUUUGUUAAUUGAAAAUCCCCAAAAUAUUAGUUGCAUUUCAAGUUUCCAAACCAACACACAUUUUGGCCUUUCAUCAGGUCAACUAGAAAUACACAAAAACAUGGUUCUAAUCGAUGAAAGUUCUCUUAAGGUUACCCUUUCUCAACAGCCCAUUUUAAAGCCCAUCGAUUUGAAGAGCAUUGGAUUCUUGCAAAAAAUUCCCACCUCCAUCGAAUGUCCAGCCUGUCAGACAGAGGGCAUGAGUAUUGUGCGCCUGGAGUCAGUUACAUGUUGGCAAAAAUUUCUCAAGGCUACGAAUUGGUGCAAGACAGCUGAAAGUCGCUACGACAUAAAUCACUAUUGCAGCGAUUGUGGCUGCUACUUAGGACGUUAUGUUGCCAUUGGCUGCGGUGAGAGAUGUCUGUCCCAACAGGCACGCAAAAAGGCGGCUGCUGAUGCCAUGACUUUGCGCAAGGAACCGAAAAAUUGGGCCAAGAAUGUUCAACAAUCGCGUGAAAAGGUUUUGGCCAAUAUGGCUAAAGAGAGAACUGAAAGAAAGCAGAAGAAAUUGGAAAAGGAAAUUGCAGCAAAAUCCGACGAAAAAUAGUAGAACAUUUCCACCCAUUUUCCAAUAAAAUGUUAAAGGCAUAAAUAAAUGAAGAUGAGUCCCGUA